UAUUGGUAAUAUUGUUUUUUAGUAGUUUACAAAUAAAAUGGCCGAUAUAUGAGGCUAUUUUAUAUGGAGAUAUAAAAUAUGUAAUUUACGUUAAAUUAAUGACCAUAAUUAAUAAGUGGAAUAGUAUUCGCGAUAAAUAUAAGUCGCGGAACGUUCCGUGAUAUUAAAUAUAGUAUCAGUGAUAGUGUUGAAUUAGCUUAGAAAUAAGGUGGAGGUUGUCUUUUACCGUCGGUUGCCGUCGUGAGACGCCGCGGGGCCCUCGCAAUACCGAAACGAAGAAUCACUCACACUGUGUGGUGUGGUGUUGGCUCCAAUACACUUAAGGAAAAUAUAACGUGGGGGGAGUAACAAUUAACAACGAGUGGCAGGAGAGACGAAGCAGCGGUAGAGGCAGAGUAAGCGCGAACAAGAGAGACAAGGAGACAAGACUCGAGGUGAACACGAGUGUGGAGAUUGCAAGCUUCCUGUGACACCCGUCUGGCGGGCAAAUAUAACAACGGCAUCUGAAACAACCAGGAGCAUUAUUUUUAUCGAAUUUUAAUAUAAAGAAAGACAAGCCCAAACAUAUAAUUAUUAUACGUUGUAUUAUCAAUAAGGUCAACAGCAGCGUCCCAAUUAGGGACUCAGAUAUGAUACCCACGAGGAAUUACUAUAGCUGAGAUACUGGAGUGCGACGGGUAUAUCUACCUGGAGCCGCUCAAGAUAUUUCCCGCCGACCAAUUCGUCGUUGUGGAACGAGUCGGCGCGGAUGAUGCGUUGACAGAUAGUGAAGUGCCAACAAAUAGCACAGUGGCCAGUGAAAGUGAUCCCGAUCACGCUACCCUUGCCAAUAUGUGCACGACACCAGGCAACACGGGCAAUGGUUUUGGGUAUGCGUGGUCGUUAAAUGCUCCUGGUACUGAAUCACGUGAUAACGCUCAGGGUGAGCUAACUGCUAAUAUAAGUUACGCUUUUAAUAAUAAUCAAGAUCAGAGCACCAGUCAAAAGAUACAGGUUGACAUAAAGCCUGCUAAAGUUAUCAAUAGUACUGCCAGACGGCCAGUAUUUACGAUGAAUGAAAAUUGUCAACAGACACCUACAACACAUGGUCAUACGGGAGCUCAUAAUCAAACUCAUGUUAGUCAUGCUCGUGUGAAAAAACAUUCUGAUGUUUUUACGCUUACCUGCGACAAGGGUGGUUGUAAUUGUGACGCAGCCCAUACUACUCCAGCACCAACCAUAUUUCCUAAUGCAUUAGUUUUUACUACCGGUGACAAACACGCAAUGAGUAAACAUUUUAUGACACCUAUUGGGCCGCUUCAGCUUACUGCUGAAGAGUGCAAUGAAAUAUUGAUGAAAAGAGCUGCUGCAGCAUCUACUCAAGCAACAACCAAUAAUGUUUCAACCAGCCAAGCUGAUACAGCAACACAUUUUGGUCACGUGCUUACGCAUGUUAAUGCAACGCAAAUUGAAACUAAGGUUAAGACUCAACAAGACAUGGGAAGUCAAGUACGCGUACCUAAAGAAAGGCCAUACUCAUGCUCUGAAUGUGGAAAAUCAUUUCUUCUUAAGCAUCAUCUUACUACCCAUGCACGUGUACAUACUGGCGAACGGCCUCAUAUCUGCGUACACUGUGGCAAAAGUUUUGCGCACAAACAUUGUCUACAUACCCAUCUUCUGCUGCACAGUGCUGAAAGACCUUAUCAGUGUCGUGAAUGUAAAAAAUCAUUUACUUUGAAACAUCAUUUGGUUACCCACACACGCGUACACACAAGAGAGCGGCCGUUUGUCUGUCCAGAGUGUGGCAGAGCAUUCCCGCUUAAACGUCACUUAGUGACACACAGCAAAUUUCAUUCAGGCGAACGGCCAUACGUUUGUUCUGAGUGCGGUGAAUCAUUUUCACAAAAAGAUCAUCUCACUAUGCACUCGCGCUUCCAUGGCAGCCUCCAUCCAUUUGUUUGUCCUGACUGCGGGGCAACCUUCCAAAGGAAAUUUGAGCUUGUUAAUCACGGUCGUCUUCAUGGUCGAGUCCCGCACUCGUGCACCGUGUGCGGAAAAGAAUUUUUACAGAAGAGAACUUUGCUUGCUCAUAUGCGUCUUCAUACUGGUGAAACCCCAUUUGCGUGUACUGUAUGCGGUGAAGCAUUUGCUCGUAAGGUUGAUUUGGUAGCUCAUUCAAAGAUGCAUAAUGCCAUUACUGAUGAAAAAACCCUUACUUGCAGAGAGUGCGGCUUGGACUUUUCCAAUCGAGAAGCACUUACUCUUCACUUGAGGUUACAUACGGGUGACAGAACUCUUGUAACCGAUUUAUGUGGAUUAGCAGCUGCUUUUCAACAAACUCCAGGGCACUUUUUAACACAAAAUACUACUGGAGCUCAUCAGUAUUUACAGAUAAACGGACCGAUCAGCACUCCUGGAGUAAGUCAUAUGCAAUGUGCUACUCAAACAUCUCCACCAGCUGGACCUAAACCUAAACCUCACUUGUGCCCUGAUUGUGGUCGUGGGUUUGCUCAAAAGCAUGGGCUUUCACAGCAUCAACGACGUCAUACUGACGGAAGCUGUCAUAUACGAUCGCAUGUCUGUGACAAAUGUGGAAAAGCAUUUUUCCAGAAAAAUCAUCUCCUGCUUCAUCAACGUCAACAUAUGGAUCCACCUCCAAGUAUAUUACGACAACAGCAGAGAUUAGCAGCUCAAGCUGCUGCUCAAGCUCAGCAAGGUCAACAGCCGAAUACCCAACAACAAAAUCAGGGACAGCAACAAAAUCAACAAACAAAUCAACAACAGCAACAAGUUCAGCAGGCACAACAACAGGCUCAACAGCAAGCCCAACAACAAGUUCAACAACAACAAGCCCAACAACAGACACAACAGAAUCAGCAACAAGUGCAACAACAGCCACAACAAUCUCAACAAACAUGUACCGUCGAUACCAAGACUAUUCAAUUGCAGGCAAUACAGCAACAAGUACAACAACAGGUACAACAACAAGUGCAACAGCAUCAGCAGCAACAACAACAACAACAACAACAACAACAACAACAACAACAACAACAACAACAACAACAACAAGCGCAACAGCAACAGCCACAGCAGCAACCACAACAGGUGUGCACAGUGGACAAUAAAGCAAUACAGUUAAAUGUCACCAUGUGAGAUGAUUUUAAAAAGAGUAAAAAAUGGA